CACUUGCAGGCUGGUGCAGUGUUUCGUGGGCUCAGUUUACCGUUGGGAAUACGACUAUAGCUGACAGUGUUGUCCAAAAACAAGUGUUUGCUAUUAAAGUAACUUUGUAUCAGCUAUGAGGUCGCGAGAGUCGAGGUUUACAAUGGAGUUGUCAUUUACGAUAUGUGUGUCACUGUUACUUUGCUUGCAAGUAAACUCACAGUUUGACAAUGAUAUUGAUAGAAUCUGUCCUGAUGUUAGGAUCGGAAGAGACGAUCUCCCAGAAGGUGAAAGUGAUGACCGAGGUGGUUUUGAUCUGAUCAGUAAAUUCAAUUUGGGUGUGAAGAGUGAAAUUGCUGAGGGAGUUAGUCGUGUCGAAGGCUCAACGCCUUUACAGACAGCAUUCAAAAUGGGGAAAUCGUCGCGAUUGGUCGUGCCUGCCAGUACAAUAUACCCGGCUGGAUUGCCAGACGAAUAUUCGUUUGUCGCUACUUACCGUAUGUUAGGCGCUACGGUGUAUGAUGACUGGUAUCUGUGGCAAAUUACGGACCGUUCACUUAGAAAUCAGGCAGCGGUGCGGUUGAAUGGACAAGAACAAUUCCUGGAAUUCUCUUACGUUGACAGAAACGGUAUCGAACAGUCCGUCAAGUUCAGAAACGUAGACCAACUAUUCGAUCGUAAAUAUCACAAGAUACUUCUCAGUGUACGAAGAGACCGUGUUUCUUUGUUUAUUGACUGCGAGCUGACAUCUACAGUUGGCAUCGGCGAGAAAGCCCCUGUGGUGGUCAGAUCAGACACAGUAACGGCACUCGGGAGGCGAUACACUGACGACCAGUCUGUUACGUUUGAGUUACAGUGGAUAAUACUGCAUUGUGACCCUUCCAUUGCUGCCAGAGACACCUGUGAAGAACUUCCGGCUAUGACUGACGAAUCAGGGGAUUGUCCUAUAACAUGCCCAGAAGGACCUCCAGGAGCACCAGGAAUCAAUGGUCCCCAAGGACUUCCAGGUUCCAAUGGCCCACAAGGCCCACAAGGUUUACCAGGAGCGAAUGGAUUGCCAGGAGUUAGAGGACCACCAGGAGAAAAGGGUUCACAAGGAGCAUCUGGUCCCACAGGUCGACAGGGCAUACAAGGCAUUCCUGGCAAUAGAGGAGAAAGAGGUUUACCCGGUCUUACUGGACGUGAUGGAAACCCAGGUGAUUCCGGUCCUGCUGGCCCAAAGGGCAGUCCUGGUGAUGCAGGUCCACCCGGACCUCCCUUGAAUUUUGAGCAUAUUGCCAAUCAACUACAGGCUGUGAAAGGAAUGCCAGGUCUGCCAGGACUCACUGGACCCAAGGGUUCCAAAGGAGAGUCUGGUGAACCCGGUGUACCAGGACCAGUUGGGGCUACUGGAAGGGCAGGACCUAGAGGAUUUUCAGGACCACCUGGUCCACCCGGACCUUCUGGUUCACCUGGUAUUAUCUAUGGUAAUGAUGGAGACCAAGUGGGAAGACUAAGAGGUCAGCCAGGUGCUUCGGGUUUUCCAGGUAUGCCUGGUAUGCCAGGUUUUAAGGGUCAUAAAGGUCACCCUGGACGUAAUGGAGAACCUGGUAAAGAUGGCAUAGAUGGAACGAAAGGUCAGAAAGGAGAAGCAGGACCACGUGGUAGAGAUGGGAUGAAUGGUGUUCCGGGAAGACAAGGUGAGCAAGGAUCACUAGGCGACAAAGGAGAAAUCGGUCAGCGUGGUUUUCCAGGAACUCUUGGACCUACUGGACCCAUGGGACCCAGAGGUAUGGAGGGGCCACCAGGUGCCAGAGGAGAGAUGGGUUUGAAAGGUGAAAGAGGGCCAGCUGGAAGGAAUGGUCUUACUGGUACGCAGGGACAAAAAGGACAAAAGGGUGAGGCUGGUAUGGACGGGAUGGACGGCGCGCAGGGUCCUCAGGGACAGAAAGGAGCCCAGGGUGACGUCGGAUUAAUAGGACCUUCAGGAAAGGAUGGUUUCAUGGGAUUGACAGGUCCACCUGGUCCAACUGGACCAGCGGGAAUGAAAGGAAAUCAAGGAAAGCAAGGAGAAACUGGAUCCAGAGGAGCUAGAGGAUUAAUGGGGGUACAAGGAAUGCAGGGAUUGCCAGGUCUUGAAGGCCCAAUUGGUAAGAAAGGAGAUCGAGGCCAGACUGGUGUUGCUGGAGAUCCUGGAAAUCAAGGACCUAUGGGACCGAGAGGCGAGACUGGACCUGUGGGAUUGAAAGGACAGAAAGGUGAUCUUGGUGUUCCUGGCAUCCAGGGCCAAACUGGAUUUCCAGGUCCUGUUGGUAUGAAGGAUUACGGUAAUCCAAAGGAUGCAGAAAGAAGAAAAAAAAGUGACUUCUCAGUUAUCAGUCACAAUUGCGAGGAUGGUGCGAAAGGAGUUCGUGGUCAAGAAGGCAAAGGCAUCAUGGGUCCAGAAGGACCUCCUGGCAACCCAGGUGUUCCAGGUCCACAAGGUCUUAGCCUACCGGGACGGGACGGCGAAAGAGGUCCCCCUGGCCCACCUGGCAUCACUGGUGAACAAGGGCAGGUUGGUUUACGUGGCCCUCCUGGUUACUGUGAAUAUUGUAACUAUGCACCAGGAUUGUCACCAAUGGGAUUGAGCCAGAAGAACAUCAAAGGAUAG